AUGACGGAGAUACGGUCCUCGCAAGCUGGUCUGGAGGAUCCAGAUCAGCAGGCUCGCCGAGUCUCGAAGAAUUCCAACCGGGACUUCACUCGGCCGGAGGAGUCAUCACAACCGUCAACCGAUCCCGAAUCCCGCCCAUCGAAAUCAUCUACUAGACAAGCACCACCGAUCACCGAUGUCUCAGAAGCAGCGGCUACCUUUCGCCAGGCGUUCCCGAGCAUCUAUGGUGCCCGGACCCCCUCGAAUCGUUCCUCAUCCAGCUCCUUACAAGCCCUCAACGAAGAUACCGUGGUCGAUGCGCGAUCGGAAAAUGGAAGCGUGGGCAGAAGUCCCCGAAGAACAUCGAGACAGUCGGAAAAUGAACUCCCAGUGUACCCCGAUCAGUCUUACGCCUCCCUCCAGUCACAGGUCCACCCCACCUGGCAACCACCUCAUGUUGCAGAACCGGACCCUCUGCCCCGGUAUGCGUACGCUCGUGGUGUGAGGACUGCAGGGAACACCCCGCUCUCGAGUCCCGGGUUGUUCUCUAUGAGACAUUCCCGUCACUUUGGAACGCCAUCGGGGUCUGACGAUGACGUAUCUACGGGAAGCUCCCUCCUGCACCCCUCCCACUUACAGCCGCCCAAAGAGACGCACACCGCCGCGGUGGAUCGCGACAUCAUCACAGGAAACAAAACCAUCAAUCAGUAUGAAAUUCUGGAGGAGCUUGGGCGUGGCGAGCACGGAAAAGUGAAGCUGGGACAACAUAUUGCGACUGGGCAACAGGUCGCCAUCAAGAUUGUGCAAAGAUACUCCACCCGGCGUCGGUUAGGUAAAUUGGGCAAUCCUGAAGACAAAGUCAAGAAGGAGGUCGCUAUUCUGAAGAAGGCGCGACAUCCCAAUGUCGUCAGUUUGCUUGAAGUUAUCGACGAUCCGAACCGACAGAAGGUGUACAUUGUUUUGGAAUACGUGGAAAAUGGCGAGAUUGUCUGGCGCAAAAAGGGUCUCCGAGAAAUCGUCCAUGUCGACAAAUUACGUUUGGAACGAGAGAAGAACGGAAUUCCAGAUACCCCCGCAUUCUUGGAAGAGAGCCACCAGUUCAUCCGAACCGCUCAGCAUCUGCGGCGCCAAAGGGAAAGGGCCCGGGAACGGGUCGAAGCACAGGCUGCUGAUGCCCAACAAGGGCCAAUCCCUGCCUGGAGUUUAGAGCAUGGUGCAGAGUCUUCAGAUGAGGACGAGGAGACUGGUCUCCCGAUCAGGAGAUCAUCUAGCCGCUCUGUUGCGGUGACAGAUGAGUUUAGUCCGUCUUCUGCUCAUGAUUCAGCUCUCAAUGCCGUCGAAGGCACCAUGUAUGGUGCCUAUUCCGAUUAUCCGUUCGAACGACGCUUCAGUACCACCUCCAGCAGCUUUGGCUAUGCACCUUCCGAACCUGAGUGGUCUGCAGAGGGUGAUGACAUGGCAUAUGUUCCAUGUUUGACUAUCAGUGAAACCCGCAGCGCAUUCAGAGACUCAGUGCUUGGUUUGGAAUAUCUUCAUUACCAAGGUAUCAUCCACCGUGAUAUAAAGCCGGCCAACCUCCUCGUCACCAGUAAUCACCGGGUGAAGAUUUCCGACUUCGGUGUAUCUUACCUAGGACGACCAAUGCGCGAUGAGGAAGAAGAACAAGUGGGUGAGACCGACGCCACAGAAUUAGAUGACGCCCGUGAGUUAUCAAAGACUGUCGGCACACCUGCAUUCUACGCCCCUGAGCUAUGUUACACUGGCGACGACUUUGUGGAAACCAUUGGGUCGAUUCCCAAAAUCACCGGCGCGAUCGACGUUUGGUCGCUUGGUGUUACAUUGUACGGGAUGGUAUUUGGCCGUCUGCCAUUUGUUUCAGAUGAUGAGUACAGCAUGUUCCAGACCAUCGUGAAGAAGGAGGUCUUCAUUCCACGAAAGCGCCUGGUUCCCGUCGUUGACGAUGCAUGUGAUUCCAGUCAAUGGAAUCUCAGAAGUAGUGAUGAACUUGUUUAUGAGGAUAUUGACAAUGAGCUAUACGACCUGCUGAGGCGCCUGUUGACCAAGGACCCCAUCAAACGAAUUACCUUGAAGGAGAUCAAGCACCACCCUUGGACUCUCCACGGUCUUCCCAACCCUCGGAUUUGGAUUGAAGAAACCGACCCCGGUUACCAAAGCAAGGGCAAAAAGAUCGAAGUUUCGAAUGAAGAAGUUACCAGUGCUGUUAGCAAGGUUCCAUUCAUCCAGCGUGUUCGUUCCAACGUCGCCAAGUGGUUCGGUGGUAAAUCCAAAGAGAAGGAGUCUCGCAAGCGCACAACGGGCACGACGCCCUCCACUGAAACCCUGUCGUCAACCGCAACCAGUAGUACGUUCGGGAAAACUUCGCGCGAUAGUCGCCGAUCCAGUUUGAGAGGGGAUGAGGAUUUCUUCCGACCGCUCAAAUUCGGUAAUCAGGGACACCCACUUGCCCAGAGUGUUACUGCUAGCCCAGUUGACGAAGGUGAUUGGAAUUCUUACUUUGAUGCGGCGCCACCAACCGCUUUAAAGCCCUCCGUUGCUGCCAAGUUUGCUGCCGCUCCCCCGCCGACCGUGACACCCCGGCCUGGUCCUCCUCGGCGAGCCAAGUCUUCAAUGUCCACGACUGAGUCUACAAAGACGAUCAAGCCAACCAGUUUCGACAUCCCAACGACUGUCCGACCUCGGUCGGGUGUGCAUUCCUCUAUCAUCGAAGCCCUUGGGCAAACCAACUUCGGAAGUCUCUUCAGUGGAGCCACCCGUCGGUCAUCACGAGGUAGCCGCAGCCGACGUACAUCACCAUCCGGUGAAACAGGAUCUUUGCGGAGAGACGAAGAGCGCACCCCGGAAACUAGCACAGCCGAGCCAAGCAUCGCUGUUAGCAACGCAUCUGCACAAGGACAAGUGCGAACCACCGGUCUAUGGCAUGACGAAGAUCAUCCUUCUGUCGAGGGCUUAGCCCCAAUCCAUGCGCACCGACGCAACCGCUCCUCCCAGCUUGAGGGCCAGUCUUCUGCGGACUCUUUCCAUCUCACGAGAGAUGCACUCCUCCGCCGCAGGCGGAGCGACAUUGAUCCCAUUGAGGGCAGUACCCUUCGUGUGGACUACGCGAUGUACUCAACCGAAUCACUCCUCCUACCACCUAUCAACCCACCCGCCCCUCAAUGCCCCGAAAACACGAUUAAUGGGCUGACCUCCACCCCGCCCACCGUUUCUUCCUCUUCCGCCGACGACUUCACCAGUGGCAUGUCGCAAAGUGCCUCGCACCCUAGCAUUCCCUCCGUUGUUUCCAAUGCCUCUUCCCUCUCCGGGGACGGCUACUCUUGUAAAGAUAAAGAUAUGGAAGAAAUCCCAUCCAUCCUGCGCACAGGCGAAACCGUCAAACCUAGCGGUCGAAGCUCACCACCCGGACCCUCUGAAGAAGACGAGUCCCGCUACUAUUGCGACGAUGAAGACGAAGAUGAAUCAUCCGAGGAAGAAGUCCUCAUGAUUGGGAAACGCAAGCCCGCAAAGACCGAUUCACCUUCGAACUGA